UAAGAAACCUUCAGUUUUAACAUUGUAGACCUCUCAUGGCCUCAACCAUGGAACAGCUUCCUCCAACUUACAAGCGACGAGAUGAACCAGAUUUCAAUUUAAGAGAAUGGGCUCUGAAAGCUCGGAUUAGCAGAGAGAACACCAAAUCAAGAAGGUUUUCAUCUUCAAAUAUCACAAGUUUCAGAGAAGAUGCAAGGUCUUUUAGAUCAAAUGCAACCAUCUCUAGUACUGUUUCUUCCCCUGGUUAUAUCUUAAGAGAUGAGAUUGACCCAUCCACUUAUUCAUUCACAAGUGCUCUCAAAGCUUUGCAGGCAAGAUCAGGAUAUGGUUAUGGUUGGGAAUGCUUGUCACCUGAUGGUUUUGCUCUGAAUUCUAAGUGGAGUGAAGCAGAGAAGUAUAUCUAUAACCCACUUUCAGGAGAGUUUCCAAUGGAGUGUUUGUCUGCCAAAACUCUAAGUGGAAGAUCCUUUCCUACUUUAACAAGCAGAUUUACUGUGUCUGGACCUCUUGUUUACUCUUACCAUGCUCGCCUAGCUCAAACCAAGCCUGCUAUAACACAUGAAGAUGAAACUGAAUUUCCAAAUCAAGAAAAGAAAAUAGAGAAUAUGAAUACUAUAGAUGCGGGUACUCAAAGUACACCACCUGAACUCAGCUCAAGUAGUCCAAGCCCUGCUUCAACACCUUCCAUUAAAGAGAGAGCUUUUAAGAAAUGUGAAAUUGAAAGUGGAGAGUCACCUAAUUCCAGUUCAAAACCCAAAUCAGAGGAAGAUCAGAUAGAAGUGAAAGAAGCUAUGGAAGAAGCAGAUGAGGCACCAGGAAAGAAAGAAGAAAGAAAGCAGGAUGAGGAAAAGUGCAAAUGCAGGCAAAUUGGUUGCUUGUCGUGGAGGAAUUUGUGGAGGGGAAGAAGGCAGAGAGGGAAACAAAGAACUAGAUGGCUGGUUUUGUUUGGAAAGUAGAAUAAUAUCUAAAAAAGUAGGGAGUGAAA